GGGAAGCAGCCUUUGCAAAAAGUUCAGUGGGAGAGAAAAACUGCGAGCGCUUUAGGGCAGCGGCGGCAGGAAAGAGACCCGAAGAGGGGCUGAGGGAGGAAGACGAGAAGGGGGAAGGACGAGGGGAGAAAGCGAAGGCAGGAGGAGGGAUCCAGGGGGACAGCCCCCAUCCCGCAGGAGAGGGAGAAGGAAAUGAGGAGAGGACGGAGGAGUGCAACAGCAGCAGCGCGGCGCAGAUUUCCCGCAGCAGCGCGAGCUCCGCGGGCGGCGUGGUGAAAGGAGAAGGACACUGCUAGAGAAAGGAGGCGGCGGCGGCUCAGGAUCCAGGCUCGCCCAGCAGCUCAUGCCAGGCUGCGGCCGAGGGGAGGCAGCUGCUGCCACUUGGCUGCUCCCCCUUCGCAGCUUUGCAAACAAGCGUCGGGCUUUGAUCGCUGCCGGGCGGCCCCUCCCCCUCGCGUGCGCUGCGGCCCCCCACCCCCAGGCUGUUCUGUGACCGGGGGAAUGAACGGAAAAUGAGCAAAAAUGUCUGACAAAAUGUCCAGUUUUCUGUACAUCGGGGACAUCGUGUCCCUCUACGCGGAAGGCUCAGUCAACGGCUUCAUCAGCACCCUAGGGUUAGUGGAUGACAGAUGUGUGGUUCAGCCAGAGGCAGGUGACCUUGCCAACCCUCCUAAGAAGUUCAGAGAUUGCCUUUUCAAGGUGUGUCCUAUGAACCGAUAUUCUGCACAGAAGCAGUACUGGAAAGCUAAACAAGCCAAACAAGGAAACCAUACAGAAGCAGCCUUGCUUAAGAAACUACAACAUGCAGCAGAAAUGGAGCAGAAGCAGAAUGAAUGCGAGAACAGAAAGUUGUUGGGCGAAAUCGUAAAAUAUAGCAAUGUCAUACAGUUACUGCACAUAAAAAGCAACAAAUAUCUCACCGUCAAUAAGAGGUUACCAGCUCUCUUGGAGAAGAAUGCUAUGCGGGUGUCUCUGGAUGCUGCAGGGAACGAGGGGUCCUGGUUUUACAUCCAGCCGUUUUGGAAGCUGAGGAGCGAAGGUGACAAUAUAGUUGUGGGAGACAAAGUUGUACUGAUGCCAGUCAACGCGGGGCAGCCUCUGCAUGCCAGCAAUAUAGAGCUUCUAGAUAAUCCAGGCUGCAAAGAGGUAAAUGCUGUUAAUUGCAACACAAGCUGGAAAAUAACUUUAUUCAUGAAAUACAGUUGCUACAGAGAAGACGUUCUUAAAGGAGGGGAUGUUGUUAGACUCUUUCAUGCAGAACAAGAGAAGUUUCUGACCUGUGAUGAAUAUGAGAAGAAACAACAUAUUUUCCUUCGUACAACAUUGCGUCAGUCAGCCACUUCUGCAACAAGUUCUAAAGCACUGUGGGAAAUAGAGGUUGUACAUCAUGAUCCAUGCCGUGGAGGGGCAGGACAAUGGAAUAGCCUGUUUAGAUUUAAACAUCUAGCCACUGGGAACUACUUAGCUGCAGAGCUUAAUCCACACUAUCCAGAUGGGAAUACUGAAGGAAAGGUCAUGGGCCCAGUGCAAGCAAAAACCCUUGUGCCUAAUCAACAGAGAGACGGCGACCUUCCUGCUUCAAAGAAGAAACGGCAAGCAGGGGAGAAGAUUAUGUAUACUUUGGUCUCUGUACCACAUGGAAAUGACAUCGCAUCUCUCUUUGAACUGGAUGCCACCACUCUUCAGAGAGCUGAUUGCCUGGUUCCAAGGAACUCUUAUGUUCGGUUGAGACACCUAUGCACUAAUACUUGGGUGACCAGUACUAGUAUUCCUAUAGAUACAGAAGAAGAGAGGCCAGUGAUGUUGAAGAUUGGGACUUGCCAAACGAAAGAAGACAAGGAAGCUUUUGCCAUCGUAUCGGUUCCUCUGUCUGAGGUCAGAGACUUGGAUUUUGCCAAUGAUGCCAACAAAGUUUUAGCAUCCACUGUUAAAAAGCUGGAGAAUGGAACAAUAACACAAAAUGAAAGGAGAUUUGUAACCAAGCUGUUAGAAGAUCUCAUUUUCUUUGUUGCUGAUGUGCCUAAUAAUGGGCAGGAAGUUUUGGAUGUGUUGAUCACCAAGCCAAACCGGGAAAGACAAAAAUUAAUGAGGGAACAAAAUAUAUUGGCUCAGAUAUUUGGGAUCCUCAAAGCUCCUUUUAAGGACAAAGGAGGAGAGGGAUCGAUGCUGAGACUUGAAGAUCUAGGAGACCAGAGAUAUGCUCCAUACAAAUACAUGUUAAGGCUGUGUUACAGAGUCAUCAGACAUUCCCAGCAGGACUAUAGGAAAAACCAGGAAUAUAUUGCUAAGAACUUCUGCAUCAUGCAGUCCCAGAUUGGUUAUGAUAUUCUGGCGGAAGACACCAUCACAGCUUUGUUGCACAACAACAGAAAACUACUUGAGAAACACAUCACCUCUAAAGAAAUAGAGACAUUUGUUAACUUACUCAGGAGGAAUCGAGAGCCAAGAUUCUUGGAUUAUUUAUCAGACCUGUGCGUUUCAAACACAACUGCCAUACCGGUAACUCAGGAGCUGAUCUGUAAAUUUAUGCUGAGUCCAGGAAAUGCUGACAUCCUCAUCCAAACCAAGCUGGUUUCAAUGCAAAUAGACAAUCCCUUGGAAUGCUCCAUUAUCCCAGAGGAUAUUGAUGAGGAGGAGGUCUGGCUCUACUGGAUUGACAGCAAUAAGGAACCACAUGGCAAAGCUAUCAGGCAUCUGGCCCAGGAGGCUAAGGAAGGCACAAAGUCUGAUUUAGAAGUCCUUACCUAUUACAGGUACCAAUUAAACCUCUUUGCAAGGAUGUGCCUGGAUCGUCAGUACCUAGCCAUAAACCAGAUUUCAACACAGCUCUCAGUAGACUUGAUCCUACGAUGUAUGUCUGAUGAAAGCCUCCCUUAUGACCUCCGGGCUUCUUUUUGCCGUCUUAUGCUGCACAUGCAUGUUGACAGAGAUCCUCAGGAGUCCGUAGUACCCGUUAGAUAUGCCAGACUGUGGACUGAAAUUCCUACCAAGAUCACAAUCCAUGAGUAUGAUUCUUUCACAGACUCCUCGAGAAAUGACAUGAAGAGGAAAUUUGCUUUGACCAUGGAAUUUGUAGAAGAGUACUUGAAAGAAGUUGUAAAUCAGCCAUUUCCUUUUGGGGACAAAGAGAAAAACAAACUUACAUUUGAGGUGGUGCAUCUGGCUCGAAAUCUCAUAUACUUUGGCUUCUAUAGUUUUAGUGAGCUGCUCAGACUGACCAGGACACUGCUGGCUAUUCUAGAUAUUGUUCAGGGUCCUAUGUCGUCAUACUUCGAAAGACUAAGCAAAUUUCAGGAUGGAGGAAACAAUGUUAUGAGGACCAUCCAUGGUGUGGGAGAGAUGAUGACACAAAUGGUACUGAGCAGAGGAUCUAUCUUUCCCAUCAGCGUACCUGAUAUACAGCCAAGCCUCCACUCGAGCAAGCAGGCCAGCCCAGACAGUGAAGAUGUGACUGUGAUGGACACCAAAUUAAAAAUCAUUGAGAUCUUACAGUUUAUCCUUAGUGUUAGACUGGACUAUAGAAUAUCCUACAUGCUGUCUAUCUAUAAGAAAGAAUUUGGAGAAGACAGCGAGAAUGUUGAUAGCUCCACCAUCUCUCCACCAGACACACCAGGCCUUGCCUCAGCAAUUGUUCCUGACAUAGAUGAAAUUGCAGCUCAGGCCGAGACAAUGUUUGCUGGCAGCCAAGUGAUGCCAGUCAUUACCAACUCACAUUCUAGGAAAAUAGGUGGUAAGAUGCUGUAUGAGAGAAACAAAGAGAAUUCCAAUUCCCAUCCUAUUGGAGCAGUGGAUGCUAAUUAUAAGAAUGCUAUUUCAGCUCACUGCUAUUCCACUAUAAUGGUGAGGAUCUGGCCCUUAUUUUUAAAGGGUGAAAUCCUGGCCCCACUGAAGUCAAGGGCAAAAGGCUCCUUGUAUGGGAUCUGGAUUUCACCCAAAAUGAUUUACAAAGGACCCGAAAGCAUUCUUCAUUGUAAAUGUUGUCUUCUGCUUAAAGCAAAGAACCGUGGGAUUGCAAUUCCGGUGGAUUUAGACAGCCAGGUAAAUACCCUGUUCAUGAAGAGUCAUUCCAAUAUGGUGCAGAGAGCGGCCAUGGGAUGGAGAAUGUCUGCCCGCAGUGGACCUCGUUUUAAAGAAGCUCUUGGAGGGCCUGCCUGGGAUUACAGGAAUAUAAUUGAAAAACUGCAGGAUGUAGUCUCCUCCUUGGAACAGCAGUUCACCCCCAUGAUGCAGGCUGAAUUCUCAGUGUUGGUUGAUGUAUUGCAUAGCCCUGAACUUCUCUUUCCUGAGGGGAGUGAUGCAAGAAUAAGAUGUGGUGCUUUCUUGUCCAAGUUGAUUAAUCACACAAAGAAGCUAAUGGAGAAAGAAGAAAAACUUUGCAUUAAAAUUCUUCAGACAUUACGGGAAAUGCUCGACAAGAAAGACAGCUUUGCGGAAGAGAUGGAAUUGAGUUGUCUUGGAAGAGAUCACGUUCCCUCCCCUCCCCCCUCCCCCGAACAGAAGCAGAAUCUGGCUCGGAAUGUUAGUGCUUUGGUGCCAUUGCAGGAUUUUAACACAGCGCAGGGCCUCCUGGAGGGCAACACUCUAAGGAAAAUACUUCUAAAUCGUUACUUUAAAGGAGACUAUGGAAGUGGUAUGAAUGGGCCUCUGUCCGGCAGCUACAGCAAAACUGCACAAGUGGGAGGUGGCUUUUCAGGACAAGAUUCAGAUAAGUCUGGGAUAUUGAUGUCUGAUAUUCAGUGCCUUCUGGAUAAAGAAGGUGCAUCAGAACUAGUCAUAGAUGUUAUAGUAAGCACCAAAAAUGACAGAAUUUUCUCAGAAGCCAUCUUACUUGGUAUUGCAUUGCUUGAAGGUGGAAAUACACAAACACAGUAUUCCACUUACCAGCAACUGAACGAGCAAAAGAAGUCAGAAAAAUUCUUUAAAGUUCUGCAUGACCGCAUGAAAAUUGCUCAGCAGGAAAUACGGUCAACAGUGACAGUCAACACUAUUGAUUUGGGUAGCAAGAAGAAGGAUGAUGAUAGUGACCUAACCAUAUCUGCUCCAAAAAAGAGAGUAAGGGAUUCAACACUGCACCUGAAACAAGGUAUGAAGGGGCAGUUAACAGAAGCGUCUUCUGCAACAUCCAAAGCUUACUCUGUGUAUAGAAGAGAAAUGGACCCAGAAAUAGAUCUCAUGGGCUCAGGAACAGAUGCUACAAACACAGAAGAAAAGUCCACGGAGGAAGCAACAAUGAGCCCUGCUAUCACAAUCAUGCAGCCGAUACUGAGAUUUCUUCAGUUGCUAUGUGAAAACCACAACCGAGAGCUCCAGACCUUCUUAAGAAAUCAGAACAACAAAACAAAUUACAACCUAGUGUGUGAGACUCUCCAGUUCUUGGACUGUAUUUGUGGAAGCACGACAGGCGGUCUGGGCCUCUUGGGGCUAUACAUCAAUGAGAAGAAUGUAGUUCUGGUGAACCAAACCCUCGAGAGCUUGACUGAAUACUGCCAAGGCCCCUGUCAUGAAAAUCAGAGCUGCAUUGCUACCCAUGAGUCUAAUGGAAUUGAUAUUAUAAUUGCACUGAUCCUGAAUGACAUAAACCCUCUUGGCAAAUAUUGCAUGGACCUGGUGCUUCAGCUAAAGAACAAUGCCUCUAAGCUUUUGCUGGCCAUUAUGGAAAGCAGGCAUGACAGUGAGAAUGCAGAAAGAAUCCUUUUUAAUAUGAGACCAAGGGAACUGGUGGACGUAAUGAAGAAUGCAUAUAAUCAGGCUCUAGAAUGUGAUGAGGAGGAGGAGAAUGGAGAUAAUAUUUCACCAAAAGAUGUUGGCCACAAUAUAUACAUACUGGCACAUCAGUUGGCUCGCCACAAUAAAACAUUGCAGCAGAUGCUGAAGCCAGGGUCUGAUCCAGAUGAAGGAGAUGAAGCCUUGAAGUACUAUGCCAAUCACACAGCACAAAUUGAGAUUGUCCGUCAUGAUAGAACCAUGGAACAAAUAGUCUUCCCUGUCCCCAAUAUCUGUGAAUUCCUCACUCGAGAAUCCAAAAGUCGUGUAUUUAAUACAACUGAGAGAGAUGAACAAGGGAGCAAAGUGAAUGACUUUUUCCAACAGACAGAAGAUCUGUACAAUGAAAUGAAGUGGCAGAAGAAAAUUAGGAAUAACCCAGCCCUGUUCUGGUUCUCCAGACACAUCUCCCUCUGGGGGAGCAUUUCCUUCAACCUGGCUGUAUUCAUCAAUUUAGCAGUUGCUCUCUUCUACCCCUUUGGAGAUGAUGGAGAUGAAGGCACGCUUCCUCCAUUGUUUUCAGUCCUCCUUUGGAUAGCAGUGGCAGUCUGUACAGCUAUGUUGUUUUUCUUCUCCAAGCCUGUUGGUAUCCGACCCUUUUUAGUGUCUGUAAUUCUCAGGUCUAUAUAUACAAUAGGGCUUGGGCCUACGUUGAUACUUCUCGGUGCUGCUAAUCUUUGUAACAAAAUAGUAUUUCUGGUGAGCUUUGUUGGAAACCGUGGCACAUUCACUCGAGGCUACAGAGCCGUCGUUAUGGACAUGGCCUUUCUCUACCACGUAGCGUACGUCCUGGUCUGCAUGCUGGGCCUCUGUGUGCAUGAAUUCUUCUAUAGUUUCCUGCUGUUCGAUUUGGUGUACAGAGAGGAGACUUUGCUCAAUGUCAUAAAAAGUGUUACCCGAAAUGGCCGCUCCAUUAUCCUUACUGCAGUGCUAGCUCUCAUCCUGGUCUACCUCUUCUCCAUCGUUGGGUUCCUGUUCUUGAAAGAUGACUUCAUCAUGGAGGUGGACCGAUUAAAAAACAGAACACCUAUUGCAGGUAUUGGUGAAGUUCCUACCACAACUCUAACGUCCAUGAUGGAAACAUGUGCAAAAGAAAAUUGCUCUACUGCCCUACCUAUUACCAACCCAGGUGAGGAAGAAAAGGAGAAUGGAAUUGAGAGGACCUGUGACACUCUGCUAAUGUGCAUCGUUACAGUAUUAAACCAAGGCCUGAGAAAUGGUGGUGGUGUGGGGGAUGUGCUAAGAAAGCCUUCCAAAGAUGAGCCCUUGUUUGCUGCCCGAGUUGUUUAUGAUCUUCUAUUUUAUUUCAUCGUCAUAAUUAUUGUUCUGAACCUCAUCUUUGGAGUCAUCAUUGAUACAUUUGCUGACCUUAGGAGUGAAAAACAGAAGAAAGAGGAAAUCUUAAAGACAACCUGUUUUAUUUGCGGACUUGAGAGAGACAAGUUUGACAAUAAGACCGUUUCAUUUGAGGAGCACAUAAAGUCAGAACACAACAUGUGGCAUUAUUUGUACUUUAUCGUUCUGGUCAAAGUGAAAGACCCAACCGAAUACACUGGUCCUGAAAGUUACGUGGCUCAAAUGAUUGUGGAGAAGAAUUUGGACUGGUUCCCUCGAAUGCGAGCCAUGUCCCUGGUUAGCAGUGAAGGUGACAAUGAGCAAAAUGAAAUUAGAAACCUGCAAGAAAAGUUGGAGUCAACCAUGAGUCUUGUAAAACAACUGUCUAGUCAGCUUGCUGAGCUCAAGGAACAGAUGACAGAACAAAGAAAAAAUAAGCAGAGGCUGGGCUUUCUUGGAUCAAACACACCCCUUGUGAAUCAUCACAUGCCACCACACUGAUACCAUGGGGAGAAGCUGUGACUAGCCUUUCAUCGGUAUUCCUGCUUGAUUACAGAAUAAAAAGCUGAGAUUGAGAGGAGUGAACAGUGCCUAUUGUUGCAAAGUUAAAAACAACCAAGUGCCAAGAUGUUAAGUGGUUUAGCUCUGGGAACAAUCUGUAACUGUUUUUUAUGGUUGAAAGGGACCAAAACCUAGAACGCAAGAAAUACAAGGGAGUUCUUCUGUAUUUAUUCUAUGGGCUAAACUCUCCUGGGUUUACACUCUGCAAGUCAAUUGGGACUGUAUACAAUGCAAAUCAGGGCAGUGUUUGGCUGUGUUCUUAAAGUUAAUUUAAGAUUUCUUCUCAAAGUAAUGGAAUAACCAAGGUGCAGGGGAGGAGGAAUAGUUUAACACCACAAAUGCAGCAGCCUUUUUCAGAAUCAAUCGAAGUUAUUUCUUGUUUUAUUUACCAAAUAGCAACAUCUGUUAUAUUUGCUUGUAUUUACUUUUUUUUUUUUUUAAUAUUACCAUAAAUACAUCAGCAGGAGCAGUUAUAACAUCACUGCACGUUAACUUCUGUUAGAGGCAAAAAACUCUACGCUUAGACAAAAAAAAAAAAAAGAAGAAGAAGAAGUGGCAAAGAGAAACAUUAGUGCUUUUGAAUUUUAA